CUCGGCCUCGGCGGCGGCGAUGGAGGCGGCGGGCGGCCGCGGCCUGGGCAGCAGCAGCGGCGGCGGCGGGCGGGAGGCACCGCCCGCCCUCUGAGGAGCCGCCGCCCCCUGAGGAGACAAAGUAGUAAGAAUCUGGACCAGAAAAAAAUCCCACCAUGCAAGCAAACUGCAGUCAUCUCCACAACGUCCCAGGGAGUGGUGAUGACUCUUCACCUUCUCAAAGCACCCACGCAGCGAGGUCAUCAGGAGAAAGCUCAUGCCAUCAUAGCGGAGAUGUUCACAUACAGCUAAGCACUGCUGCAGGAGAAGGCAGAGAAAAUGCGAGUUCCCGGCCUUCGAGGCCAGGUUCCCAAAGUCGCUCACACGGACAUGCCCACAAUGAAGCAGGGGGGCUUGAUGACUCUGCUCCAGACUCAGAGGAACACAGCGGCAGCUCCCUCUCGGAGCUCAGAUACCUCCUCCAGUGGCUGCACAAAAGUCUGCCAUAUAUCUUGAUUCUGUGUGUCAAAUUGAUCAUGCAGCAUAUAAUUGGCAUUUCUCUUGGAAUUGGGCUGCUAACAACUUAUAUGUAUGCAAACAAAAGCAUAGUAAAUCAGGUUUUUCUAAGAGAACGGUGCUCCAAGUUGCAAUGUGCUUGGUUACUAGUAUACCUAACUGGAUCAUCUCUCCUCUUGUAUUACACCUUUCAUUCUCAGUCACUGUACUACAGCUUAAUCUUUUUAAACCCUACUGUGGAUUUUAAGAACUUCUGGGAGGUGCUUUGGAUUGUGGGAGUCACAGACUUUAUUCUGAAAUUCCUCUUCAUGGGCUUCAAGUGCUUUAUUCUCUUGGUGCCUUCUUUUAUGAUGUCCUUUAAAUCCAAGGGCUACUGGUACAUGCUGUUAGAAGAACUCUGCCAGUAUUACCGUAUGUUUGUCCCUAUACCAGUUUGGUUCCGUUAUCUUAUUGGCUAUGGGGAGCCUGACAGUGUGCUAGGCUGGACCCUUGGGAUAUUGCUGGGCCUUCUCUACCUCAUCCUAAAGCUUUUGAGUUUUUUUGGACAAUUGAGAAACUUCAAACAGGUUUUACGGAUAUUUUGUACACGACCACACUAUGGGGUGAUGGCUAGCAAGAGACAGUGUUCUGAAUCAGAUGAUAUUUGUGCUAUCUGUCAAGCUGAAUUUCAGAAGCCUAUUCUGCUUAUCUGUCAGCACACAUUUUGUGAAGAAUGCAUCUCUUUAUGGUUUAAUAGAGAAAAAACGUGUCCACUCUGCAGAACUGUUAUUUCAGACCAUGUUAACAAGUGGAAGGAUGGAGCUACAUCUAUGCAUCUACAGAUUUUCUAAAGCAUGUUAAAACUUGUUUUACGGUUCAUUUGUACAAGCUAAGGUCUUCCAGCUUACUGCAGGUGAAAGUGUAGGUGACAGGGAACGAGUUUCUGAAUUCUAGAUAUCUAGGAUUUUAUGCUUCUAUGAAAUAUCCCAAUAUUUAAAACAGUGCAGGAAAUGUUAAUUUGCCUUCUUAAGUACAGAAAAUAAGUUUUCAGAAUGGAAGGAGAAAAGCCAGCAUUGCUUCUCUCAUGAUUCUUCCAGGAAACAAUCAAAUCCUUAAAAAAUGCUGCAUUGCUGCUUGCAGCUGCUUCUUCGUUCAACAUUUUAUUUAAAAGUUUAAAUAGUGUUCCAGACUGUGCUAAAUUUUAUUUAUCCUUUUAACAUUACUGAAACCAAAAACCUAGAUUAUGAGCAAAUUUUACACUCUGGAUUACAGUGGGAGUUAAAGCUAUGCAUCACACUUGACAUUAAAGAUCCUUUAAUGCUAGCUCAACAGAUCAGAGAAAUUAACUUCUUAUUCAUGCACCUAAAACAGCAACUAUUUCUCACUCUACCUGGAGAUAGGACACAAGAAUAAGAUGUUUCCCCUUUAGGUUCUUGCAGAUUUCUAAUUGAUCUUAAGCUUAAUACAUAAAUUGAUCACUGAUAUUAGUUUUUUACUUGGCGUUUUAUGAGGUUGGUAUUUUUAAAACAGAUCUUUAAUACUAUAUUUUCUUGUCACAUCAGGAACCAGAUUUUCAUACAGGGGAGAAUCUAUUUUAUAUUAUAUAUGCAAUUUGUGGUAUACGUAAAAAUCAGAGAAUAAAUGCAUUUAAA